AUGUAUGCACCAGUUAAUCCAUCAAACAAAACAAUGGCUGAUAACAGUGACAAAUUUUAUACGGAUUUACAAGAGACAAUGGAUGGAAUAUCGAAAAAAGAUAUGAUUGUAUUAAUGGGUGAUUUUAACGCACGUGUCAGUCAACCUCAGCAUCCUACGGCAUUUCGCACUGUUGGAUCAUUUGUGGUGGAUGUGCAAAAUGAAAACGGUGGAAGGUUAGUUGAUUUCUGCACCACAAACAAUCUGGUCAUAUCGAACUCAUUCUUCCAACACAAGUCAGUGCAUCAAACGUCAUGGAUACACCCUAGAACGAAAAAGUGGCAUUUGAUAGAUUAUAUAUUGAUAAACAGGAAAUUUAGAUCAAGUGUAGAAGAUGUACGGUUUUAUAGAAAAGCAAGUGGAAUUAUCGGUACAGAUCAUCAUCUCAUGAGAUCUAAAAUUAAAUUACAUUUGAAAUUAAGAUAGGACAAUAAACAGCGCAAUCGGUUUCGACUGGAUCGUACAAAAUUAAAUAAUGACCAUGUUGUGGAGAAUUUUCGAAAGCACAUAUCGAAAAAGUUCGAGGAAACAAAAGAUGAUGGUAUUAAUGUUAAUGAAAAAUAUGCAACAUUGGUACAAUCUCUCAAAGAAAUCAACAACAUAUCUCAAGUGGCAACAACAUCGUGGAUCUAUAAUGGAAUAGAAAUACCGAAAGAAAUAUGUCACAGAGAGAAAAAUGGUAAAAACACUGAUUGAUAAAGAACAGAUUGAAUAUUGGGAUGAACUCGGUAUGGAGAUUGAAAAUACUAUUAAACAACAUGAUCCAGCAACAGCAUAUGCAAUAAUUAGAUGACUAAAAAGGUAGAAGACAAAAAGUGGAAAAUAUGCCAAUACACAACAAAAAUGGAAUUUUACUUGUCAACUCUAAAGCCAGGCUGGAAAGUUGGAAAGAAUUCUAUUCGGAACUACUAAAUGUGAACGCUAUUAUUGCCCCAAUAUUAUUAGAUCAGAUCAAAUCAACAUCUUUGUCAACAAUGGAACGACAUCGCCAAGACAAAGAGCCAACGUUAGAUGUGAUGCAGCAAGCUUUGAAACAAAUGAAAAAUAGAAAAGCACCAGGCAAAGAUGAUAUAACAGUUGAAUUAUUGAAAGCAGGUGGAAUGCCGGUGAUUAGAUGGCUGCACGACAUAUUGUCGAUAUUUGGAAGAAUGAACAAAUGGUGGAGGACUGGAGUUCGGCAAUUCUAAUACGGUUAUAUAAAAACAAAGGCGAUAAGAAGAUCUGCGAUAAUUAUCGCGGCGUUUCGCUGCU